AUGCCUAACAAAGUUUUCAACGUGGCCGUCUUCUUCGUUGUGUUCAGAGAGUGCUUGGAGGCAGUGAUUGUUAUUUCCGUGCUGCUGUCGUUUUUGAAGCAGGCAAUCGGGGAGCACGACCAGGCGCUAUACCGCAAGCUAAGGAUCCAGGUCUGGAUCGGGGUGUUGCUCGGGUUCAUCAUCUGUUUGGCCAUUGGUGCGGGCUUCAUCGGCGCAUACUACUCGCUGCAGAAGGACAUCUUCGGGAGCGCGGAGGAUCUGUGGGAGGGUAUUUUCUGUAUGAUCGCUACGGUGAUGAUCUCGAUGAUGGGGAUUCCCAUGUUGAGAAUGAAUAAGAUGCAGAGUAAGUGGAGAGUGAAGAUUGCGCGGUCGCUGGUGGAGAUUCCGCACCGUAAGAGAGACUAUUUCAAGAUUGGGUUCUUGAGUAGAAGAUAUGCGAUGUUCAUCUUGCCGUUUAUCACCGUCUUGAGAGAGGGUUUGGAGGCCGUUGUGUUUGUUGCCGGUGCUGGUAUUACCACGCAGGGCUCCCACGCCUCCGCUUACCCAUUGCCCGUCGUGGUCGGUUUGAUCUGUGGUGGCCUUGUCGGGUACCUGUUGUACUACGGUGCUUCCAAGUCCUCGCUGCAGAUUUUCCUGAUUCUAUCCACCUCCAUCCUGUACCUGAUCUCUGCCGGUCUUUUCUCCCGUGGGGCGUGGUACUUCGAAAACUACAGAUUCAACCUUGCCAGCGGUGGUGAUGCUUCCGAAGGCGGUGACGGAAACGGGUCCUACAACAUAAGAAAGGCCGUGUACCACGUCAACUGUUGCAACCCGGAACUGGACAACGGGUGGGAUAUCUUCAACGCCUUGCUCGGAUGGCAAAACACCGGGUACCUGUCGUCCAUGCUUUGUUACAACAUCUACUGGUUGGUGCUUAUCAUCGUGCUGAGCCUGAUGAUCUUCGAAGAAAGACGUGGCCACUUGCCCUUCGCUAAAAACCUGCAAUUGAAGCACCUGAACCCGGGAUACUGGAUCAAGAACAAGAAGAAGCAGGAGUUGACCGAGGAACAGAAGAAACAGUUGUUUGCCAAGAUGGAAAACAUCAACUUUAACGAAGAUGGUGAAAUCAACGUUCAAGAGAACUACGAGCUGCCUGAACAAACCACCAGCCAUUCCUCAUCCCAAGACGUCGUCGCGGACAAGCAACCCCCCCACGUUAAAACAGACUCUCUUUGA